GCUGCACAAGGUCACACAACACCGAUAAUAAACACAUUGUACAGCUACGUAUUUUUGACAGUUUAACUUAAGUAGUCUUUACCGGUAGCGUAUUUUAAACGACUGUCGUUUUACUGCUAAUUACCUUAUUUUCGCUCUUAUAAUCCUAUUUUCGUUGCUGUAUUCGGAGACAUAAACAAAAUUUCUGUUAUGUUAUGUUCGACAGAAUGCUAAGCCAUAAAAAAUGGAAUAUUUAUUCUUCUAUAUGUUUACAGUUGCAGCAGUCACACCACCAAGCUUAGGAGCAACUGCAGCCGCAACGGGAGCGACUGCCGCGACUAUGGUAAUCGGUCUAAAGGCAUUGAUAGCAAUGUGCAAAAAAAUAGGCAAAAAAUUAUUGCCGAAACUAAAGAAGACCCCACCUGGGAUAUAUGUUACAACUAAGCUUGGACCUGUCCUUAUCCUGCUUGGAGUAAUUGACGAAAAUGAUGAAGAAGCACCACCUGCGAGAAAUAGCACCAGGAGGAACGCCAUUACUCCAACAAACACGCGAUCGUCUCUUCAUCUGGAAGGUUGGUCUAUAAGCAGUAUUUCGCAUCAUAUAUUGUGUAUGCCAAGUAUAUUUAAAGGUUUUGCACAUACAGUAAUGUGGAGUAAGAUGGUUACUGUUAGCACCCUUUUCUGGUCGUAUUUUUAACAAUUACCAACACUUUUUUAGAGUUAUUAAGAA